AUGGAGAACUCUCCCGGCCUCCUGAACCCCCUGGCGUCCCCAGCCCUCCUGGUCCUGGCCUCCACUUCAGAGGGCACUCGGAGCACCAGCACUCCGUGCCAGCAGCCCCGCCACUUUGGGGUGCCAGUCGCCAUGGAGAAACCAUCCCAGCUGCCAUUCCUUGGCGCGGCUUAUUCCCUGGUGUAUCCCCACCCCGACUGCCUGGCGCCCGCCAGCCGCAACUAUCCCCCGCAGCUGCUGCCCCUCCCGCCGCCUUUUGGCCCCCCUAGCCUGGAGCAGGGUGGGGUGGGCAUGCUGGGCUACAGUGCCCUGCACCCCUUCGCCCCCUUCCACCUCGCCGACGACGUCGAGUGCUUCCCGGGCGGCUUCCUGGUGGGCAAGAGGGCCAAGGGCCGGAGCGGGUCGGAGCCGCCUCAAGUCUGCCGCCUGGCGCUGGAGAAGGAGAUGGAGGCCCAGCGCACCCAGAUGGGGCUGGAGCCCAUUGGCGGUGUGUCCGGGCUGCACCCUUAUAAGGGCUCCCCGAAUCCACGGCAUGGCAAGCCAGGGGAGAAGAAGCUGGAACCGUUGGCCCUUCGGUGCCCCCUUUGCCAGAGGGAGCUGCAGUGCGCGGAGCUGGGGCACCACCUGCAGCAGGAGAUCGAGAGACUCGCCCACCUCCUGGACAGGGAGGCCAUGACCCCUCUGGAGGACACCCAGAGAUCGUCCCAGUCUCCAGCGAUCUCCACUCAGGAUGGCAUGGACUCUCCCAAGGGGUCGCCACAGGCCUACGAGGACGGGCACAACAAGGUGGACAGGCAGCAGACCUUUCUGCGGGUGAAGUCAAACCGGGAGGGCCGCAUGGGAGCCAGAGCCGGACGGUUUAAGCGAAUCAGGCCCUGCCUGGAGGAGUCGGCCCAGAUGGAGGAGCCUCUCCCCAGGGGCUCCAGGCUGGCCGAGGCGGAGGACGAGUUCUCCGAUGAGAGCCGCUGCGGUGGGUACGAAUAUCGCAGCCCGAAGAAAAACGUUCUGGAAACAAAAGACUGCAGACUCUUGGUGGCACGGAGCAGCGAUGAGACGGACAUGGACUCGGAUGGUGACGAGCUGCCGGCCUUCGCCAAGCGGACGUAUCCUGUUCCCUGUGGGGCUGAGGGAGGAGCUGACCUUCUGGGCUGGGUCUCAAAGAGUGCCCCAGCGGAGGAGGACAGCAGGAAGCCAGGGGUCCGGGGUGCACCUGGGACGGCAAGAGGCAAGGCGGAGGAGGAGGAGGGAGACUCCACCCUCACCAUGGAGCUGCUGAAGGCUCAGAUCCAGGAGCUGCGGCGACAGCUCCUCCAAAAGGAUUCGUACAAAUGCCACAUUUGCCUGGACUCGUACUCCGUGCCGUUGACUUCGAUUCAGUGUUGGCACAUCCACUGCGAGCAGUGCUGGCUCCGGACCCUGGGCUCCAAGAAGCUCUGCCCGCAGUGCAACGCCAUCACGUCCCCUUCCGACCUGCGGCGCGUGUACCUAUGAUCUCAGGCCAGCCUCCCAGCCCCGAUGGCUGCAUCCUUCAGCACGAGCCACGCAUCCCGCUUCCCCCAGGUCCCCCCACUGCAGACUGAACCCAAAUUGGGAGGCUGCUGACCUGUUAAAACAACCUGCCACCCAUCCUGGGAAGUGAAAGCAAAAGGAGCUACACCUGCUCCGGGCAUGAGUCGUGACUAGCUGUGGCAUCCCCUCGCCAUGGCUGGGAGCAAGGGGGAUUGGGUGGGAGGGCUGAUUUCCUGUGGCCAGU